AUGUGGAUUCUGGACUCCGAGGGUGACUUCCUUGAGGGGAAGCGCGUGUGGCUGCGACCUGGAAAAAAGUAUCUCUUCGGUCGGAUAAAGCAAGAUGGCGUUCGCCAUGCUAUUGAACACAACUCGAUUUCUCGGAAGCAUAUGAUAGUUGAGGUGUCCCCGGUAAAACCUGGUGAUGGUUCUCGCAUUUACGCAAAAUCAGAGAUCGCAGUGAGCGACGAGGGCUCUAAAUGUGGAACUACCGUGGAUGGGAAUCCAAUCAAGAAGAGUAGCGUAAAAUUGACUAAGGAGGAGCACACCAUCAAGUUGGGGAGAUACAAGCAUGCCUUACGAAUCAAAUGGGAACCUACAGUUCUCAGCUUCUCCUUCUCUUCUAAAGAUCUUAAAACACAAGACCCUCUCGCACAUGUUCGCUCUCGACUUGAGGAUUUGGAUAUCAAAACGAUCAUCCCCUAUGUCAUCGGCCAGACGACGCAUGUGGUGCAAAACAAAAGGAAUACGGCUAAGGGUCUACAGGCUUUGGUGAAUGGAAAACACAUUGUCCAGGAGUCGUAUCUCGAUGCUCUUGUGUAUGCUGCCACGCCAAGUGAUCUGGAAAAUCUAGAGUCAUUGUCCCCAUUGGAGGCCGACUUUGACUCUGCAUGGCCGGACCCAACCGAGCAUUUCCCCCCGCCAGGCAAGGAGGCCGUCCCUAGGCCCAAAGAAGCAUUUGCCCCAAAUCUGGAUCGGAUUAACGUUUUCGAGGGGUACACUUUUGUAUUUGGCGAUGCUACGCAGUUCGAAAAUCUGCAAGGGGCGAUUACGAAUGCGCAUGGCAAAGCGUUGCUCUAUCAAGUCAAGAAGGGUGUCACUACUGCCGGAGAGAUUGUACAGUUCAUGCAGAACGCUGCCGGUACCAAGGGCCUUGGCAGAGGGAACGGUGGAUGUGGAGGAGUGGUCUUUGUUCGCUAUUUCAGCAAGGGCCGCGAUGACGACUGGUCCUUCAAUCUGAGCAGCCAGGUAGCUUCUCUCACUGGGCAGCGCACCAUCGAACAGAACGAAUUUCUAGACGCUAUACUGGCUAACGACGCAACAGCAUUGUGUAGGACGCUGCCGGAGCCCGCAACGAGCCAGGAGGACUCGGAACCCACGUCACAGCCCGCACCACCGCCUACCGCAGAUGUUGACUCGCAGCCGUCCGGUGCACCAAGCCAGGCGUCCAGGAAAAGCUCUAGAGAACCACGCGUACGCAGUUUUGCCUGCAAAAUGAAAACAUUUGAUGAUGGUUUUGAUAUCAACUCCAUUCCUGCCGAUGCGCCAGAUGAUGAGGAUGGCUCCGUAGAUCCGUUACCGUCCAUGGACAUAGAUCCUUCAACUGAGCCCCAGAGUAACCUGCAUGAGGAUGAAGAUAUGGUCGCGAGCCUCUUACCUGGCACAGCGGCCAUGAAACGCCGGCGGGCCGAGACUGCACAGAGAAACUUGGACCCGUCGAGUUCGGUCCCGAAAACGGAGGAGGCUCCUCGGCCGAAGCGUCAAAAAUUGGACAUUCGAGAGGCAGCACGGCGUCAUCUGGAGGCGGAAGAGGAUGCUCAACGCCAGCGCCGUCAAGAAGAAGCCGUCUCGCUCCAGGAUUCCCUGAAAGAUGUCAACGUCGAGCAGUUGAAAGGUCUCGCCAUUGUGGAGGAGAUGGAGUUACCGCCCCGCAAGCAGAAUAAGAGUGACAGCCGAUGGGAUGAGCGAUGGAAUGGUCGGAAGAACUUCAAGAAAUUCCGCCGGAAAGGCGAUGCUGGUCAACCCCGCCAUCGCAUACAGACGGUCAUUGUUCCCUUGGAAGAGGUGACCCGCAAAGAUUUCGGCAUUGGGGAGUACCACUGGGUUCGCAGUCGGAAGUCCACUGAUCGUAGCCAGCUAGAGAGCCAUCACGACAAUGCCAUCAGCCAAGAGCUCUCCGAGAGAUCUCGCCCGUCGUCCAUGGCGGGAACUGAAUCUGCGACGCCAGUGCCUCGAAGUCAAAAACGGCAUCGCGAAGAGCAAGAAUCCGACAGUGAUGAUGAGCUGAGGUUCCGAUUCCGUCGCAGGCGACAGUAG